AUGGUAUGUUCUUCUCCUCGCCCCUCCUCUCCCGUCAACUCGCCCGCCGCGGCCAGCGGCGCGAGCGUCGGCCGGCCCUCUUCCCCGACUCCCCCCGGUGGCGCCCGAACUGCCAUCCGACGACGCGCUGCCGCCGACCAGAAGGAGAAGAUCGCCAAUGCCCGCCCGACGAGCACGAGGGCGGCUGGUGCUGGCGGCUCCAGCAGCACCAUGCUGAGUAUGUACUGGCUCUACACGGAUGAGUCUCCCGGCCUGAAGGUCGACCCCGUCAUUGUCCUGGUUCUGUCUCUCGUCUUCAUCUUCAGCGUCGUUGCUCUUCAUUGCCAAGCUCACCCGGCGGUUCUCGAGCUAAGCGAAGAACGAAAGCGCAAUGGCGGAUGUUUCGAACGAGACGAGCCCGCGGUCGGCUGUGUCUCAUUAGGCAAGCCUAGCCCGGAGCUUGGUCUGCGGACGAUGGUCGAGGGUCAGCGGGCAUCAUCAUGA